UAACGGGAUUUCUCCAAAUAAAAGAUUUUGUUUUCUCUUACAAAUGGGAAAUGCCUCAAGACAGCCAAAGGAAUUGACGUUGGCUUUGCAGUGGCAACGCCCCCCAUAUCGCCUAGCACGAACCCAGGUUCCUUGUGAACCACAAGGUGGAAAACAGACCUAGUGGGAGGAAGUGACAUAGGCAAAGCAGUUUAGAAGAAAUAGGAACUUCGAGAUCAAAUGAAUAAAAGGAUCGAGUUUUAAACCGGGCUUGAAGAGUGAAACUUGGGGAGAGGAAAGGACAGGAGCUCUCCGCAGGAAACUACCUGGAGAUGAAAGCCGGAAAAUAAGGAAGUGGCAAGCGGCAACUUAGAGGUGGACAGCAAGUUGUGUACCCUGUGAGGCCUCUGCUGAAUAUCCCUAAACUGCCCUUCCUGGCGGAGCGCCCGCAGCAUCAGCACCAACGGCGGUACCAGCAGCAGCAGCGGCGGCGGCGGCAGCAGCUGCGCGCCUCCGGCCCGCCCCGCGCGGUCCCCGCUAGCCCGCGCCCUGCCCGUCUGCGUGUGCGUGUGCGUGCGCUCAGCCCAGCGUGAGCGGCACCUGCUAGUCCCGGCUCGCCCAGGAGGCCGCCUAGCCGGGCUCCCACCGCCGUGCCCGCCGGAGCGACUUAGAGGGCUUCGAAGGCUCCGUGGUCGCCCAGCAGCCGCGGUACCCCUGCCGCUUGCAAGUCCGCCUGGCUCCGAGUCACGUGUCAGUGCCCGAGGCAGAGACUGAGAAAAAAACGCGCUUCAUUCCUUCUUCCACCGCCAUACUGUAUUUUCCUAAAUCUCAUUUUUAUUCCAACAUUUUACUCCCGCUCGUGGAAGGUUUUUUCCUGGAAAAAAAAAUGAAGUGCGAUUUGGUUUCCUUGUCAACGGAGGAUGAAGUGAACAGCACAACAGCUCGCAGAGAGCAGGAUUAAAACAAGGUGAGACAACCAUGACGGGCAAAACACAGACCAGCAACGUGACCAAUAAGAAUGACCCCAAGUCCAUCAACUCGAGGGUUUUCAUCGGCAAUUUAAAUACAGCCAUCGUCAAAAAAGUUGACAUUGAAGCUAUUUUUUCAAAGUACGGGAAAAUUGUUGGCUGCUCCGUUCACAAAGGGUACGCUUUUGUCCAGUACAUGAGUGAGCGCCAUGCAAGAGCAGCAGUGGCUGGAGAAAAUGCCAGGGUCAUCGCUGGCCAGCCUCUUGAUAUUAACAUGGCAGGGGAACCCAAACCUUAUAGACCAAAGCCUGGAAACAAGAGGCCACUGUCUGCUCUUUAUAGGCUUGAAUCAAAGGAGCCAUUCCUGUCUGUUGGUGGUUAUGUCUUUGACUAUGAUUACUACAGAGAUGAUUUCUACAAUCGGCUGUUUGAUUAUCAUGGGCGUGUGCCUCCACCUCCUCGAGCUGUCAUCCCCCUGAAGCGUCCCAGAGUGGCUGUCACCACCACACGUAGGGGAAAAGGUGUCUUUUCCAUGAAAGGGGGUUCCAGAUCUACUGUUGGUGGGUCAUCUUCAUCAGGCUCUAAAUUGAAAUCAGAUGAGUUACAGACAAUCAAGAAAGAAUUAACCCAGAUCAAAACUAAAAUUGACUCCUUGCUAGGGCGCCUGGAGAAGAUUGAGAAGCAGCAGAAAGCAGAGGCAGAAGCUCAGAAGAAGCAAUUGGAAGAGAGUAUAGAGCUGAUCCAAGACGAGUGUGUGUCAGAGAAUGCAGACCACUCCACAGAGGAGCCUGCUGAAGGAGGGCAAGAAGCGGAUGGAGGAGAAAUGACUGAUGGGGUAGAGGAGGACUUCGAUGAAGAUGGGGGUCACGAGCUGUCAUCAUUUUACAAGAUCAUUUAUAAUUAAAGAACAAAGGAGGAAAUAAAGAAAGUUUCUACAGAUAAAGUGAUCUGAAGUUGUAUACAAUAUUGUAAAAGAAGAAAAAGAGGCUGUGACAUGCGGAGAAAUGUCAAAGGUGGUUUCAUUCUGAACAGCAGCACCUCCAAUUCAGUUUAUAUAAAGCCCCAGUCAUAUGGACCAUACUGUUCACUUUUAGACAUACCAUUUCUUAUGUGUUAAAGCUGUAAAACUGUCAUUUUAUGAUUUACAUUGUAAAUGUGUUUUCCCUCAUUUUAAUUAUGUAUGUCUUAAGGUGUGAAGAACAUAAAUGAAUGGUGAGAGAAACACUGUAUACAAAUGUAUAUUUGUAAAAGCUAUUUUUAUGAUUAGCAUGUGUCAUUGUUGAUCACAUAGUCACAUAGUAUUGAAAUUCUACAUUUAAAGCUUGUUUCCAGCAAUGUCAUAUGGAGAAUAUACAUUGUAUGCUAGUUUCUAUAAUUUAUUUUCUAUUUAUAGUUUAAGGUACUUUAGACUAUGAGGAAAACUAUUUGGAAAAGCUAUAUUUCUGCCCUUUAUAAGCACCAUUUUAUUAAUAAAAGAAUGCCCUUAUUUCAGAAGUGAGGCAACCAUUUAAGGACAUUGGUUUGACCUGUGAGCAUGUUUGGCACUAGUGAGCUGAAAUGAUCCAAUAAUCACAUCUUGAGACUGACUGUGAAAUUCUGCGGACAGUUUUCAGUAUUUGGAAAGAUGAGAAGUAGACUAAUAAGAAAAAGACUGUCUUGUCCUGGGAUCCCAAAAUUUCAGUUAGUGCACACACCCCUUCAUCUCAUUCCCUAGUCCUCAGAAUCCUCUAUUCCCAAGCAUUGUAUUUUCCAAAAUCUCUUGGCUAUUGUCUUGUGCAGUGGAAAAGGGAGAGACCAUCCCUACAGGAUGUAGGCACAUUCAGCACAUAAUUUCUUAAUAAAUACUGGUUCUUUUAAA